GAUGCCUUGGCUCUGGUCAGACUGGAUGAUUUGUUUCUGGAAACUUUUGAAAUUGCUGAUGGUAAGAUACAUCCUUUUUAUUUUUAGAACCAAAACAGAACUGAUUUUUACAGGGUUCAUACAGGUCAUGGAAAAGCUGGAAGGUUAUGAAAUUUAUGAAUUUCAUUUUCCAGGCCUGGAACGUCAUGGAAUUUAUUAAUUGUCAGACCUGAAAAUUCAUGGAACAGGAAAAUCAAAGUUAUGUUUGGUAGAUAGUAAAGCAAGGACAGUGUAAGAUAGAAACAAGUCAUGAAACAGGGUGAAUGGCACAGAUUUUGAUGAACACAAGAAUUUUUUAAAGUGACGAUUAAACAUAAAGUCGUGAGGCUUAAAAGGCUCUUUCCCAUGCUUGCUACUAUAUUGUAAAUUCUUAUUCUUCCCCUACUGACCAAGUAAAGCACAGCAAAAAGGAAUCUGUGCAGUCUUUAACCUGAUCUGCAUUAAGGGGAAACCACGAAAGUUCAACCAGUGGUUUUAAAAGUUUUAAACCUACUGUUUGUGAAUUGUAAAUAAUUAUUCUGGCAGUUUCUUAACAUUCUAAAUUAUCACUUUAAACAUCAUGUUUCUUCUGUAUUUUUUCGACCGAAUGUUCAUUUUUGUCUCCAGAGCGUUUUAACGAGUUGCGACUCCUGUGCUCCUCUUUUAAUAUUAACCACGUCUUCUAUGUCUACGUCUUAGUGCUGGGUUUUACUCUGUUCAAAAAUACAAGGUGAUUUAAUAAGUAUUUUCUUUUGUUGUUUUCUACAGUUAAGCCACUGAAAGGAGAUCACCUCUCACGUGCCAUAGGGCGUAUUGCUGGAAAGGGAGGCAAGACAAAAUUUACCAUUGAAAAUGUAUCAAAGACCAGAAUCAUUCUUGCUGACUCGUGAGUUUUAACAAUUAAAGUUUUUUCUUACUAUUUAUUUUAGCAUUCAUAAGAUUUUUUAUUUCUUUUGUAAUUGCAAUACCGUAAAGUUCCGAAAGUAACUAACGACCCUCGAUACUUUCGGAUUUAGCACCCUUCUGCUAUCUUGCUACUUUCGGAUGGCUAAAAUGCGUACUCCACAUGGGCAAUUCAUAAGAUAAAAUCGAAAAAAAUGUGAAAGGAAUACUUUGUGAAAAAAGCUAUUGCAUAUCCUGUACUUUUGUUUAAGAGUUAUGAACAGUAAUGUCAAAUGAUCGCUAUUAACCCAUUCGCCCCUGAACCGCCCGUAACCGCCCGUGCGGAUCCACGUCCUUUCUACCCUUUGUGACGUCAUCAGUUUUAACGGUCAAGGACAACUUUGUCCGCUAACUUAUGCAGAGUGAAGAGAUCUUUCAAACCCUACCAGAAUGAGCACAAUUCAGUCAAGGACACCGGACAAAGAGGCAAAAAACCAUGUAACGUUGACCUGAAAAUCUCCAUGAAAAUCUUGUUCCAUUGCCCACCUACCUUUCCUUUCACCUAAUCCUAAGAUCCUAAAAGCUUUCCUGAAAACUAUUCCCACCAAAAUGAAGCCUACUAAAUGCCCAGCAAGAGAAAAAAAAAUGAGGCAAGAAAAGCGAAAAUAGAGGGGAGGAGAGAAAGCGAAAAUCUCGAAAUUUUGCUUUCUGCGCAUGCCUGAACUUCGCGAGCUGAUAUUUUGCAUCUGGAUCAGAAGGCCAUGAAGUGAACGACCUGUAAACCGGUUUGUGGUAAGUUUUUAGCUCUUUAUAGCACGACAGUGACCAGAAAACCACUCGACUAACUUCAAAACGCGUUUUUCGGCAAAAUCUCCAGGAGCGAAUGGGUUAAUAAGCCUCGGAUCAUUGUGGCAUUUGUUCAGGAUAUCUAUCAUAUCCUUUAUUUUUUUUGCAAAAAGGAAAAUUAGUUUUGAAGUCUGUACUUUCAGAGGGUCGUUAUUUUCGGGAAGAUCGCCACUUUGCUAACACCUGUGACAUUUUAUCAAUACUUUUGGAGGUUUUCUACUUUCGAGGGUCCGAUCCUUUCAUAAAUUUACGGUAAUCUCAUGGUUUGCUUAUCUCAAUUUUACAGAAAAAUCCAUAUCUUGGGAUCCUUUCAGAACAUCAAAAUUGCCAGAACAGCAAUUUGUAGCCUCAUUUUAGGUAUGUUGAUGUGUAAAUAUUGCUUUGUAAGUAUUUAGUGUUCGUCUUUUCACCCUGGGGAAUACUCUGACAGAAUGCGCCCAUUUUAUUAUACUUCAAAGAAGGACUUUUAUUAGAAGAACAAAUCGCUGCAUGGGAGUAAAAUAUCCUGGUUAGCCUGUGCUCAUAGUGUGAAUUGUUAUGUUUGUGUUACAGGAAGCCCACCGUCAAAAGUUUAUGGAAAUAUGAGAGCUGUGGCGAGUAGAACAGCAGAGAGAUUUUGA